GGGUCCAGAUCUGUGAUGUGGGAUGGACCUCCAAAAACACUCGGGUCAUCUGUGGUAUGCUGGGGUUCCCUGACGAGAAAAAGGUCAACAAGAACUUCUACAAAAACCGUCUGCGAAAGAGAGCAGCAGAGAGCCAAGGUCAAAAGGUCAAAGCCAAGGUUCAUGUUUCUGCUGGUGCCAGGCUGCCACCCAAAGCUAAAGCUAGGGCUAAACCAUUCACCUCUGGGUUAAACAAAAGGCUGAACACAGAGCGCCAGAAGAACCAGUACCACCUCCACUCUGUGGCAUGUGUUGGCACUGAGGUCCACCUGGCAGCCUGCCCCCUGGAGUUCAACAAGGGUAAUGCCACAGGUUCCUGUAAGGGCGGCAUGCCAGUCGUGGUCAGCUGUGUACCUGGACCACAGUACGUACACAACAACGGACUGAAGAAGAAACUGAAAACCACGAGUACGGUGAGGCUGAAGGGUGGAGCCAAGCUGGGUGAGGGCAGAGUGGAGGUACUGAGGAACAAUGAGUGGGGCACGGUGUGUGACGACCGUUGGACCCUGCUGUCCGCCAGCGUAGUGUGCAGGGAGCUGGGCUUCGGAUCUGCCAAGGAGGCUCUGACUGGAGCUCGCAUGGGACAAGGGAUGGGUCCUAUCCACAUGAAUGAGGUCCUGUGUCUGGGGACGGAAAAGUCCAUGUGGAACUGUGGCUUUAAGAACAUAACCUCAGAGGACUGCCAGCAUGUAGAAGACGCCGCUGUGAGGUGCAACACGCCAUACAUGGCUCUGGAGAACUCGAUCCGCCUGACAGGGGGCCGUACGCGGUAUGAGGGGCGGGUGGAGGUGCUGAGCACAGAGGCUAACGGGACCAGGAGCUGGGGGCUGAUCUGUGGAGGGGCCUGGGGCACCAAGGAGGCCAUGGUGGCCUGCAGACAGCUGGGGCUAGGCUACGCUAACCACGGCCUGCAAGAAACAUGGUACUGGGACAGUAGUAACGUGACAGAGAUGGUGAUGAGUGGAGUGAAAUGUACAGGAAACGAGAUGUCUCUGAGCCACUGCCAGCAUCACAGGACUGUCAGCUGUCAGAAGACUGCUGCCAAGUUCUCUGCUGGGGUCAUCUGCUCAGAGACUGCGUCUGACCUGGUCCUGAAUGCUCCCCUGGUCCAGCAGUCCGUGUACAUUGAGGACCGCCCGCUCCACAUGUUGUACUGCGCAGCGGAGGAGAACUGUCUGUCUAAGUCUGCUGCUAGUGCUAACUGGCCCUACGGACACCGCCGCCUGCUGCGGUUCUCCUCUCAGAUCCACAACAUCGGACGGGCCGACUUCAGGCCCAAGGCCGGACGCCACUCCUGGGUCUGGCACGCCUGUCACGGCCACUACCACAGCAUGGACAUCUUCACCCACUAUGACCUGCUGUCGUCCAACGGGACCAAGGUGGCUGAGGGACACAAGGCUUCCUUCUGUCUGGAGGACACGGAGUGUCACGAAGGUAUCUCUAAGAGGUAUGAGUGUGCUAACUUCGGAGAGCAGGGCAUCACCGUGGGGUGUUGGGACCUGUAUCGCCAUGACAUCGACUGCCAGUGGAUCGACAUCACUGACAUCAAACCAGGAAACUACAUCCUACAGAUUGUGAUCAAUCCAAACUUUGAAGUGGCAGAGAGUGACUUCACCAACAAUGCCAUGAAAUGCAAUUGCAAAUACGACGGACACCGGAUCUGGCUUCACAAUUGCCAUAUGGGUGAUGCCUUCAGUGAGGAGGCAGAGAGGAGGUUUGAGAAGUACCCAGGGCAGUUCAACAAUCAGAUCUCAUAAUCCUCCUAGCAACACACCAAGCUGUUCCAGACCCAUGUACCAACCAAAGAGGAGGGCUGAUGCCUUUCAUCAUGUUAAACAAUGGGACAACCAAUCACCCUUCGUCACCUAGCUACCUAUCAGAACCAACCAUUCAUCAUCAGAUCACAAAGCAACCAACCAAUCACACGCCUAAAUUCCACAAGGCAGCAGUCUGAUCUGAAGGAUCCAUGCCAAAGUCAUGUUGUAUUGUGAAUGUGUUGGUGUGUGUCUCAGUUAGGAUUAUUAUUAUAUUAUACUGGAAUACUCGGUGCUUUGUUUUCAAAAACAAACUUACUUUAGAUGUUUUGUUCAAAUGUGAGUAUAUUAUGUUACAUUGCGUGACAGGAGAACAAUUCAUAAGCUUUCAUACAACAAGUCUUAAUGUGUGAUUUAUUGAUAUGCAACCUUUUUCAUUAAUGUUUUGUUCAAGUUAUGAAUGAAGUUUUAUUUUUAUAGCCAGUCUAGUUUUGAAAGGUGCUCCAGGAGAAGACCUCAUUGUUCUAACAGCAUGAGGCAUCAGUCAGAGAACCAUUCUACUGCCUCUCCUCAUAGACUUAGAUAGACAGCUCUAGUGCCCUAAAGCCCUAAAGCACAGCAGCGCCAUUGAGGACUUUCACCAUACUGAAGUAGUCAACUGGGUGGGACUUCCUAUUGGUUAAGGAAUGAUCACAUGAUUCCGCCCAGGUCAUCAGGAGGGAUCAGCCAAUGAAUUAUACUCCUGAGCAAACAUUCCGUAAUUCCAGGGGGCAGUAAAUCCCCAACCUUGUCUUUAUACCUGUACAGACAAAGCCUCCAGGGGGCAGUAAAUCCCCAACCUUGUCUUUAUACCUGUACAGACACAGCCUCCAGGGGGCAGUAUGCAUGUUUGUUAACCAACUCAUAGAAGUCAUAGAGAAUGUCUUUAAUGGUGCCGCCCAUGCUGUCACAAAAGCUAUUAUGGCUCAGAUGUAAAGACACCUCCUUUAUCAACCUCGUUGCUCUCCAUGCAGUUCUGCUAUAGAUCAUAGUCAAGAUCUAAUUCUUAAGUGUUAAACGAUCCACCCCUAGUCAAGUGUUACACCAUCCACCCCUAGUCAAGUGUUACACCAUCCAC